GUGUUUCCACCCGGACUAAUUUUGCUGCAGAACGCCGGUAAAUCUGAAAACAUCAGCCAUGCCUCGCUAGGCAGAUCUGGGACCUGCUGUGUUUUACCUGCAGGUGCGUUGAGUGUAAAAUGUCCGGAGCAUCAGACGGAGCGGAGGCCAACUGGAUCCUGCGGCAUCCCGCGCUCCAGCAGAUGAAAGAGCUGCAGGUGGGGGACAGUGAGCAGAUCCACGCGGCUUUUCUGGUCUAUAUGGAUCUGACUGAGGUGCGUCGGUGGAAGGAGGUCUCCUGUGUGAAAAUUCCCGACCUGCAGGCGGUUCUGCUGGAGGCCCAGGAGAAGGAUGGGGGUCCGGUCCACACCGUCCUGCCGCUGCCAGUUCACCGAUCUCUGAGCCACAGGAGCAUCCGCCAGGCGCUGGACCGGGGCUUCCCUCUGCUGCUGUGUGCCGUGGCGUCCGACUCCACCCUGGUCUACCAGAAGAUGACCGACGGGUUGGUGACUCCUGACCCCCCUGUUGGGCCCUUUGAGGACGUGGGGCGGCGGCAGCACCGGAAGAGGCGGCAGCAGCGUUAACCCCACUCUGUGGCAGUGAGCGUCUCUCCUGCCUGUGCAGCUCUACAGUUUGAAACUUCAGAGCGGUGCGGUCUUCGCAUCAUCGCGCUGUCAGCAUGGAUACGACGGCUGUGGAACGUUCAAUAGUGACUUUUCAUUUUGUGAGACGUAAUUAUCCCACGUUGUCGUCUGCUUCCUCUUCCUUGGAGGUUUCAACUCCUCAAACUUUCCUUCUUCAUGUCUCCAGCGCCCAGACGAAGGCUCAGGACAAGUGGGGAAAUCCGUUUCAAGCUCUAUUUUAAAUCUUAGUUUUUGUACUGAAAUAUUGCAUAUUUUACCAAAGGUAGAAGAAAUAUUAUAAAAAGAUGUCUUCCUGAGGUGACUGAACUUUGGAAUAAAAUUCCCUGGAAACAUAGCAAAGUUUUAUUUUUGUUUUUUUGCAAUAUGAAUUUGUUCAUUCCUGCAGAGAGCAUGAGGGGAGAUGGCGUGUUCACCAUGCUGAUUGACAGCACUAGGACCCGCCUCCUGGCUCUGAUUGGUUUUCUUUUUUUAGAUUUACUGUCUCAACAUGCUGUCAUGACAUGGUUACUGCUUCAGCAAAUAUAUAAAAAAUGUAUAUUUAUAUUUUUUAAAUAAAACUUACUGCAGAGCCAUAUACUGUUUUAGAUGGGCACAUUUUCAGCCAAGAGCCACCAAGAAAUAACCCAGCAAUGUCACCAUUA